AUGUUUGGUAUACGAUUAGAGAGUAAUGGCUUCGCACCGAGCACGGCCGGAAGGAGCCGGGGAACUUUUUGCAUCGGCUGCCGACAGUUUGUUUUCACCUCGCCCUCUUACGCUGUGGUGACCAAGCUAGUGGACAAAGUAUGCAAGAAAACCUCCAACUGCACCUUCUGCAUCAACGCACUAUACUCCGAUCCUCGGACUCCAAGGGCCGACAUAUACAACCUAGCAUACGUUGCCAUCAAGUUGGCCUUUGACAAUACUAGUGACACUUCAGGUUACAUAAGUUCACCGCUCAACAGCACCUUCGACCCCAACUUUCAGAAGUCUCUCCAGUGCUGCGAGGUCGAUUAUAAGUCUGCACUAGAUAAGCUCAUAAAUGCCUUUGGUGAUUUGGACUCAGAGUCGUAUGAUGGUGUAGAACAUUAUGCGGAGGAAGCCGCUAGCAAGGUUGAUGACUGCCAGUCGGGUCUCAGCGGGACCAAGUCGCCACUUACUGGGAAAAAUCAGGUGCUGAAUGCUCUCUGCAAGAUCUGCGCUAUCGUGGGGAAGUUACUCAAUAGCCCUGAGGCCGUGACCACGCUCAAUUGA